AUGGCCCGUAGCAAGGAUAUCGCGCCCGGCGUUGGACGCCUCUCCCGCUCCCAGGUCUUCGCCAAGCGUGGCCUCUUCAAGGGCCAGAAAAAAUCAGAAAAGCCCGCCGCUGAGGAGAAGGCUGCUCACAAGGAGGUCGAGGUCGGCGGUGAGAAGAACGGCGGCAAGCGUCUCGUCCCCACUUCCAAAGCCCCCCGCUUCUACCCAGCAGAGGACGUUCGUCUUCCCAAGAAGUCCCGCAAGACUGCUAAACCCGCUUCCCUCCGUUCAUCCAUCACCCGCGGUACCGUCCUUAUUCUGUUGGCUGGGAGGUUCAGGGGGAGGAGAGUGGUGUUCUUGAAGCAGUUGGACAGCGGGUUGUUGUUGGUUACGGGUCCUUUCAAGGUCAACGGUGUCCCUCUCCGUAGGGUGAACCAGGCCUAUGUCAUUGCUACUUCCACAAAAGUCGAGCUCGGCGACUUCCAGCUCGACGACAAGUUCACCGACGCUUACUUCGCCAAGUCCUCGAAGAAGUCUUCGACAUCGGCUGAGGAGGAGUUCUUCUCUGAGGGCAAGCCCAAGGAGAAGGAGGCCUUCCCCGAAGCCAAGUCUGCCGACCAGAAGGACGUCGACAAGGCUGUCAUCGAGGGCAUCAAGAAGACCGAGAACCUCGCCAAAUACCUCAAGGCAUCUUGGGGUCUCUCGAAGGGCCAAUACCCCCAUCAGCUCAACUUCUAA